AUGCCAAGCAUUGCGCUCGGGACCCUCCGUCUUCUCCUGUUGCUGCAUUCGUCGCCCUUGCUGGUCAACGAUGCCUGUGAUAGGCCGAGCAGGCAGCACUACCCAAGUCGAAGGACGCAACCGAGACGAGUUCAGAGUGCCACUCGUACUCGGACGUGUUCCUCCAAGGAGCAUGAAGGCAGACGUCAGACCAGAGGAGGAGGCCAAAGGCAGCUCGUCGAGUCCCUCUGCAACUCGCUUCAGGGGGGGCAUGGGCGUGUUCCUACACCAGAUGCCAAGGCCUCGCUUUGUGAUAAGCUCAUGGCAAACCUCGUGCGUAAUGGUCCAGCCAGUGCGGACUCCCGCCAGUCGGCACUGGGCUUCCACCUCGCCAAAGUCGCGGGUACGAGCUGGGGGUCGCUGACGGGCAUGGCGUAA